AAAUAGGUGUAAUAAUUUCUGAAAGGCAAGCUAUUUUUCCCCUACAAAUUAGACUUGGGUGCUUUUAGUAUUGAUGCUUAGAGGUUAAAUGUUAAAGCAGUGUCAUUUCGUUAAAAUGGAAUAUCCCAGAAAAGCACAAGAACACAGGAAUGACAAUACUUACCUGACCUUGCUUUUCAUUGCUUCCUAUGCCUACAAAGUUUUUAUAUGUACUUUUAUCAACAUUUUUGGUUUCCAAUGUAACUUAAUUUCUCACUAAUAUUUUAAGACUGUACUUAAAAUAUGAUUUUUAAAGUGGCAAUAUAGAAAUGUAAUCACUUUAUAUCCAUUUAUAUGAAGUGAAUUUAACAGUAGAUUCAAACGUAGGGUCCCCUCAAGUUAAGCUGAAACUGGGCUUUUGUGUGCUGUGACUUUGUUAUAAGUCUUGAAAAAAGCUUGUGUAUUUGAGAUUAUUUUGUUUUCUUCACCCAUUCCUGGAUAAAGGAAAUGUCAGAAGUGGCUGCUUGUCCCAAACAAGGCAGAUGGUGGAAUACUUUCUGAAGGAGCUGGGCAGAGGAGAGGAAAUAUGUGGAAAAGUUUAUUACCCAGAACUCUUUGUCUGGGUCAGUCAAGAACCAUUUCCAAACAAGAACAUGGAGGGAAGGCUUCCUAAGGGAAGACUUCCUGUCCCAAAGGAAGUGAACCGCAAGAAGAACGAUGAGACAAACGCUGCCUCCCUGACUCCACUGGGCAGCAGUGAACUCCGCUCCCCAAGAAUCAGUUACCUCCACUUUUUUUAAUCGUAACACCUCCAUUUGUAUUACAUAUGGUGUAUGGGUAUUGAUGAGGUCAUGGUAUCAUAUAUGGGAUUUUUUUCUGUGUAAAUCAUCAAGUAUAAGAAGAAACUAUGGGACUCUGAGCCUUGCUUUAGAGAAUUUACAGUGGACAAAUAGGUAUCAUCAAACCAGUUUUUAAUCAUUCUGACUCAAGUGAAAACGCUCAGAAUUUCACACUGUGAAUCCACGUUUACAACCCUUACAGGUGGGCCUUCAGGCCUGGUUCGCUACAACAAUGUCUUCCACAACUCAAACUCCCACCGCGCUCACACAACUGGUCCACUCCUGCCUUUUCACUCACACAGCUCCCGACUGCUUCUUGCAGAGGCUGAGAGUCCCCCCUUUUUUUUUCAUUUAGAUGUAACAAACCUAGUAGUUUAUGUUCAUCAAUUGUCUGUAUAUCUCUAUAUUUUAUCCAUGUACUCUUUUGAUGUAUAGAAGUAGUUUGAAACUCAUUGUUUCCUUGUGGUAAGUGACCGAGAUGCUGCCACAGGACCUGAGACACUGAUGAAUGGUGCUAUUUUGGACUUUCAACAUGCUCCUUGGCGAGGUAGCUCUGAUGGAGUUAUUUUUUAUUUCCAUGUUCUAAGAAGGUGUUGGUACUCUGUUUCCCUGAAUGUUGUUCUCUAGACUGGAUUGACUUGUAUUCCUUGUGUCUUCAGUGUGGCUUUCUUCCUCAGUGUUGUAGGUUGAGCGAAUGCUACCAGAGUGUGAGAGACGAUUGUCUCGUUGACUGGCACUCACGGACAUGCAGUCACGGUAGCGGGAGCAAUCACAAAACUGUAAUUUACUUACCAAAUCUAUUCCUUUCCGUAGCCUCGCCUGCCUGACUUACAGAAAGAAAAGCAAUAAUUUUACAGGCAUUUUGAGGUGUCUCUUUGGGUUCUUUCUGUUUGAAAGGAUACUUGUGGAAAAAAAGAGCAAAACCUUUUUAAAUAAAUUCCCCCUGGAAAAAAAACCCAAAACACUGGCAUCUGAGUAGGAAUAUGAAAAUGACACCUUUUCCAGAUAUUAAAUUGGAAAACAAUGUCUUUACAAAAUCAUCAUGCUUUUUUAAAAGGCAGAGCACUCUUUGUUUGGCAAUUUUGAUAAGCAAGGUGUAGAUUUACAUUUUUGUCCUUGCUCCCAACGAAAUGGAUAAACAAAACUAAAAUACCAUCUACUCAUGGAAUGUUGUUGUGUUAGCCAGUCUGAAAGCCCACCUUAAUUUUUAUAUAACUGUCUUUUAGCUCUUCUUUUGACAGGGCAGGCCUUGUUCUGAACUGUUUCGCUUCUGACUGUUAAACACCGAUGACGCAUGCACUGCACUUCUUCGUUUUCUUCUUGCUCCCCCAUUGGCCUGAGUUUCUUGUGCAUUCCUCCUCUCCCUCCUUCGUUAGAAUAGAUAUAUCAGCUGUGUAAAUAGAGCAAGAAAACAGUAUUCUGCAUCUGUGGCAUUUAUGUAGAGUUGCAGUUGUGUACUGCUGAAAAUGCAGGCUUUUGUAACAAUGUGAUCUUUACUGAUGCACUCAUGACAAGUACCCAAUGUAUUUUAGCUAUUUUAGUAGUAUUUGUUCAAUAAAUAUGCAAGCUGUAAGGUAA